GGUCACAUGACCCGGAAAAUGUGGGGCUUAAUUCCUGUGUUGGACUGCUCCCAGCUGUUGAAGCUCUGCCCUUCGCAGUGCAAACCCUUCAUCUGCCCCAUCACGACCCCCGGGCUCCGGCUGGACUCUACUCAACGCACCAUGUCAGCAGACCAAGCUUUUGUGACGCUCGCCACAACAGACAACUACGCCAAGGGAGCGAUGGUUCUCGGCCAGUCGUUACGGAACCACAACACAACCAAGAAGCUGGUCGCACUGAUAGGGCCUCAUGUUGCAGAACCUUGCAGAGAUGCACUACGCUCCAUCUUUGAUGAGGUGCGUGUGGUGGAUGUUAUGGACUCGGGCGAUACGGCUCAUCUAUCCCUGAUGAAGCGUCCGGACCUGGGAGUGACAUUCACCAAACUGCACUGCUGGACUCUCACACACUACAGCAAGUGUGUGUUCAUGGAUGCGGACACAUUGGUGCUGUCAAAUAUAGAUGAACUCUUUGAGAGAGAGGAACUGUCUGCAGCUCCAGAUCCUGGUUGGCCGGACUGUUUCAACUCUGGGGUGUUUGUCUUCAGACCGUCCAAUGAGACACACGAGAAGCUGCUGGCGUUCUGCAGUGAAAACGGCAGCUUCGACGGUGGAGAUCAGGGCGUUCUCAACAGUUUCUUUAACACCUGGGCGACAGCAGAUAUAGCCAAACACCUUCCCUUCAUCUACAACCUCAGCAGUAUCGCCAUCUACUCCUACCUGCCAGCUUUCAAACAGUACGGCCGUGACGCCAAGGUGGUGCACUUCCUGGGCAAGGUGAAGCCGUGGAACCACUCCUACGACGCGCAGAGGGGCGAGGUCAGAGGUCACUCCCUGUCCCCCGACCUGAGCCAGUUGCACCCCGACUACCUGCUCAUGUGGUGGCAGCUGUACGCCAAGUCUGUACUGCCUUUACUGCAGCAGGCCUACGGAGACACUCCCUUCAGCAGCGGCUUCGUAGAGGCGAACGAGAAUGAUAAGCUUCAUGAAGAUGUGAGAGAGCCGUCGGCACCCUUUGCUCCUCCUCCGCAGAAGGUUUCAUCAGAGGAGAGGAAGCAGCGCUGGGAAGCGGGCCAGAUUGACUACAUGGGUGACGACUCCUUCGCCAACAUCGAGCGAAAGCUUGACUCCUUCUUAAAGUAGCGGGCGAGGGGGGCGAGGGGGCGUGACGGACAGAGAGAGCAGCAGUUUGAAGCCCUGUGUGGGUGGGAAUUUAAGCGCUGCUCAGCCAAUCACGGGGGCUUCAUUAGCAGGUGACUGGGGGAAUGCCUCUGCGCAAGUUUCAGCCUCACUCUCUGCUUCCUGUCAGUGUGUGUUUGAAUGACAGAGAGUUUGACACAGUUUCCCAUGCACUCUUACCAUUCAUUAUUUUCUCUCCAAGGAAAAGUUUGACAUUUUGGGGAAAUGAAAACACUCAUUUGCUUUCUUGCCAAGCAGCGGUAGCACCAAGGGCUGAGUGUGGCCACCCUGAUACAAUUGCAGUUGUAGUUUAUGUGAAAAAUUGGAGGAAUUUGACAUAUAACGACCUGUAAAACACAUUUUUUUGUUGUAUCAAAGGAGGAGCAAGUGCUGCUUUGCACUUUCCCCACCCAGAGUAGAAAGUUUUAAAGGUGCUGGUUGGUGGAUUCUGUCGCAUUUGGACGGAGCCAGGUUAAUCUGGUUGCAGUCUUUGUGCCAGGCAGUGGCUAUACCACACAGACAUAAUCUUCCCAUCCAGCUCUUAAAAAGAAAGCGAAGUAACGUUACUUCCCAAAAUGUCAGACUUCAUAUUCCUAAAAGUGUUCUUGUGCAUCUGAUGGAGAUGGAUUCAGUCUUCCUAACCUGUGGAAACUUUCAGUAACAACAGAAACUGUGGAAAUGGCCUGUGGUUAAAGGGAAAUCAAUAAGUUUAAAAGUUGUUUCUGGAUUUGACCACAUUUCUUAACCUGCAAUAAGUCUCUCUAAACCACUUUGAAGCAGAUAUGCAGUGACUGGCUCACUUACCUCUUACAGUCUCUGCUCUGCUUUUCAGCCAGUUAUAAAAAUCCUGCUUUAGUCAGACAGUGUUCACCUCACCUGAGUACACAGAUAACCGUCCCUACCUGUGCCUCUGACACUCACCAGCUCCCUGUGACUUCAGCUUUGUAAUGUCUGGUAUUGUGUUAGGUUCAGGGCCAUAGACUGUAUAAUAAAUAAUGGAUGGAGUCACUGUUAUGUCACACACUGGCUUUGAUGCCUCAGGUUUGACAUUAUGGCCGUCGCCAUCUUGGUUUUUUUAAACCAAGGUGACCAUAUUCGAACGAGAGCUGGAGCUGCGGAGGAUAUGCAUUGCUACGCCUCUAUCCUGAUUGGAUCUGACCGAGAACCUGAAUCAUGGUAGCGACUUGUCAAUCACAAGGUAGCCACACCCUAAAGUAUACCCUGCUUUACACUUUACACUAGUGACGGUAAAAAAAAAUCAAGUGAUACGUAUUUUCUCAUAAACUUACAUACAAUUGGACUUAUUUUGCAACCAGGGUCACCUCCUGCUGGCCAUUAGAAAGAAUACAGAUUUAAGGAAAUUCCCAGAAGCUCCAUCCCCUUAUUAUUCUCUCUAUGGUCAGAGCCUGCUGUGUUGUAUUUGCAUGGCACAGAGUUCAAACGUGGGUCGGUAAUGAAGUCGACCCACAUCCUCAAGUGAUAUUAAGUCUGAUUUGUAUGUAUUUGUGCGUUUUCCCAGACAUGUCACAUGUACGCGUGCCCUGCAUGUAAUGUUCCUGCCAGACCAACAUCCGUAUAUCUCUGUGCCAUGUAUUGUUUCAUCACUUCCCGUCUGUAGUGUUACCAGCUGCCUUAUUGCCGUUUACUGUUUACAAAACCUCACUUACUGUAACUGCUGCUAGUAGCACAACAAACUGAGUUCCUCCUUUUACUUCACUCCUGCUUUGUGCCCUUAAACUAAAACUAUAAUCUAUAGCUCCUAACAAUGAGAAUACUCUCCUCACUUCAACCAAGAGGCUGGCAAGGUUGAGAGAAAAGUCCAUAUGCGAUCUUUCUGAUCUCGUCAGCCUGCUAAAUCCUAAAUCUGCAUGAGUGUGGAAGUGGAACAUAAUUGUAGUGACAUCGGUUAAAGCAGGUCUGUCCUGUUCCCCAGCUGUUAACUGUACAUCCCUGUUGAAGCGCUAAUAAAGAACUGGUGAAAAACCUUUUAUCCAUCC